UAACAUAAUAAACCUACACACUUUUGUUUCAUCAGCACACCGCGGGUCUCGAAAACAAAGUCACAUUUAUUCAUCAUGGACAUGAGGAAGAUCGCCUAUGCUGCUCUCAUUGUUGCUGCCUCCAUCAGUGUCGUGGCAGCUACCAUCGAGAUUCCUGCCCCUGCCCCUGGACCUAGUAGUGGAGCCUCAGCUGCCAUGCCGCUUGUUGGCUCCUUGGUCGGUGCCUCUGUCUUGUCUUUCUUUGCCUUAUUACACUAAGCUUUCAAGAAGCUAAUUGAAGAAUCAUUAGCAAGAAAUAUUAGAAAGAAUGGAUGAUGUGAUGUUGUCACAAAUUUAUUUUAUAUGAUAAUUACAUUACAAGGAAUACCUGAUAUUA